AUGGACAAUCACAAUAGCGCACAGCUUGAUAUUCGACUACCUAUUUAUAUGAGGAGAUCGCUGGAACUGGCUGUUCUUCUCCUGCUCUAUACUUUACAAGGAAUACCAAUGGGAUUAUCAGGGAGUGUACCUAUGGUAUUGCAGGCCAAGAAGAUUGGAUAUCGUCAACAAGCAUUUUUUAGUUUUUAAUGGCCUUUUAGUGUUAAAUUAUUAUGGGCACCACUUGUUGAUUCUAUUUAUAGUCGUAGUUUUGGUCGAAGGAAGUCGUGGUUAGUCCCUGUUCAAUACAUCAUCGGUGUUACCAUGGUAAUAAUGUCAUUUUACAUCAAUGAUUUAAUGGGUGGAGUAGGCGAGGCUCCUAAUAUAAUAAUAUUAACAUUGUUAUUUUUCCUGUUGUUUGUUUGUGCGGCUACACAAGAUAUUGCUGUAGAUGGUUGGGCUAUUACAAUGUUAUCAAGAGAAAAUGUUGGCCAUGCUUCGACGUGUAACUCAGUCGGUCAAACUAUUGGUUAUUUUCUAGGAUAUACUGUAUUUUUAGCUUUGGAAUCUAAAGAAUUUUGUAAUACAUACUUGCGUUUUGAGCCUCAAGAUCAUGGGAUCGUUGAAUUGUCUGAUUUCUUAUUUUUCUGGGGACUUGUCUUGUUAUUAUAA